AUGGACCAGGAAAAGCUAGAAAGGUCUGCUAAAUACACUCUGGGGGUCAAUCGAGGACCGUUUCUCCCCAAAGCAGUACAUGGCAUCGAAGACCAUGAUGCGGCGGUGUUUGAUCACGUUGAAACUACCAGAAGCAUUUCCUUGGAGAUAAAACAACAUACACGCAUUCAGAAACUCCGUUACCAUUGGAAGCGUUUCUGGUGUUGUUACUCCUUCUUUGGCAUAAUUUUCUUGGCCAUUUUCCUACCUAUUUUCUUCUUGAUUUGCAUUCCCGCAAUUGCCCAACUGAUUGUCGAUCACUCUACACUUGGACUUAUUGAGGUCGAAGCGAUGCAGCCACGUCCAAGCUCCAUCAUGCUCAGUUUCAGGUCUUCUCUCAAACUCCCCAUAGGAAUUCCAGUCCGGAUCGAACCUUUCUCCCUGGAUCUGAUCAACCGUGACGUACCCGGCAACAACACGUGGGCCAAAGCAUAUCUACCACAAACAGACGUCAAGAGCAGUGCGAUAAUUGGGAUCAAGGAUCAGCAUACCAAUCUGGACCUCAAGCAAUGGCUACAUUACAUAAACAAUGCUAUUUUCGCCGCCAAUGUACCGUUGUCGGUGAAAGGCACUAUUGAAUCCUUCUUCGGGAAGCUCAAAACUCAUAUUGUGAUCGACAAGGACAUCGAGCAAGACACAUUCAAUGGAUUCAAGGGCUUCAGCAUCAAAGAUUCCACAAUUUUACUGCCCGCCCUGGCAAACGGCACUAACUUGGUUGCGAACGUAACUUUACCCAAUCCGUCGGUGAUGACGCUAGAAGUUGGCAACACAGUCUUCGAUCUCAAAAGCGGUGAUCUCCAAAUCGGUAACGCCACAAUCAACCAUCUCAUCCUUAGGCCAGGCAAUAAUUCUAGCCCCAUACAUGGAAUUUUGGAUGUGCGUCAGCUGAUUUCGAAUCUUGACCAAAUUUUAAGUUUUCAAGCUCAGAAUUUGCUGGAAGGGUAUCUGAAUCUCACGACAGUGGGUAAAUCGGUCACCUAUGAUGGUGUCGAAGUGCCUUACUACACCCAAGCGUUGAAAAACGUCUCUCUGACAGCGCAGGUAGCGCUCGGCGAGCUGUUAAUCAAUACCUUACACAAUGCGCUGCAUGGUAACACCACUUCUAAGCAGCUUCAGCUUCCUGACUUCUGA